CUCCGUCUCUCUCUCCUGUCCGCCUGGCCACCCCCGCCUGCCGUCGUCCUCCACGACCUCCGUCCGCGGCUCACCCGCCCUCGUGCGACUCCUCCGGAUAGUCAGCUGAUUCGCAGUUGCUUCCGCUGCCUACUUGCCGCGCCUCGCUCUGGUGGAUCUCUAGAGCAACCCAGUGGGGCCGACGCCGCUAUCAGCCUGCAUUGCCUCUGGACAGUCUUCUUCUUGAUUUAUGUCGCCCAGAGCGCUGGCAACUGUCUUCAUCUUCUCUGUACUUGCCUAAGUCACCAUGCCGGUGGUAUCGAGACCCCAGCGUCCCGAAGCAAUUCAGGCGAAGUACAACGUUACCGUCGAUUUUCCACACUUGGGUCUUCAUACCGCUGCAGCUACGGGCAAUCUGGGGCUAGUCAAGUACGCGCUUGACCAUGGCCAACCAAUCAACUCGGUAUUGGACGGGGUACUACCUUUGCAUGCGGCGUGUUCAGGAGGCAAUGACCACGUCGUUCGGUUGUUGAUCGAGAAGGGUGCGGAUGUGAAUGCGCCUCGGUUACCGCGGCGAUACACCAGCGACAAAAAUCGAGAUACGUCGGCGCCGAUCGUGGGUACGUCUGGAUCGACGCCCCUUCAUUUCGCCUGUGCGAACGGGCACACCCCCGUUGUGCUCACGUUGCUCAUGCAUGGCGCACACCCCGAUCGCGCCGACAAACACGGGACCACGCCGGAGAUGCUUGCACGGCAGAAUGGCUGGACGGCCUGUGCGGAGGUCUUGCACAACUGGAGCCUUAACAAAGAUCGGGACCUUCGGGAGAAAGAGGAGUUGACUCCAUCGCAAACUGGCGACGCAAGCGCCAUCAUCGAUACCAAGCAUGUCUGUGGAGGUCAUGAGUGCCGGUUUUGCACUAGCAAGAGGUUGCGGGUAAAGCGGUCCAUUGACCACGCUCUGAACAUGCUGAAACCAUCACUUUCGCAACUGCACUCGUCAACUCUCGGGGAGAGUGCGGGUACGACUUUGGAGACCAUCAUCGCUUCACCGUUGCUUCCCACAGACUCUUUCGGUGAAUCCUUACUGCGAUCCAGCUCGGAAUUGGCUGCUGCAUCUGACUCUCCGGAACGUCGACCGUCGCUUCCCGACGUCUUCGACCCUUCGCAGACGAUGCCGAUGUCGCGACGUUCACAUGGCGGUACGGGGACGAGCUCGCGGAGACCUCGAUCGGCAGGGAACAACGCGGAGCAGCAAACAGUUGGUCGACGGGUGAAGGGGAAAGUGUCGCUUCUAAGUAUGUUCAAGAAAGGCGACACGUCCAUUGCACCUGAAGGCUCGCCCGGCCAUGCGUCUAGCUCGUACACACCAUCGAUAGCCUCAGCAUCUGCGUCUCCACCUCCUGGCACUCCCAGACGUUCAGAUGUCCAUGCUUCAAGCUCAACGAGCGAUGCUUUCGUUCCUUCAUCCAGACUUUCCGACCAUGCUUCUUAUUCGGACAUGACGAUCCAAGGACGGCCACGAGGUCGUGUAUUUAGCGAAGGCGAAGCCACCCGGGUGCCCCCAUUACCCACGGCCGUCGACUUGCACCGCGUGCUGUCUGACGAGCGGUCAAGGACCCUGUCUAGUCCGAACGUCCCGGAUGGUCAGCUGCCCGAAUCCUCGUCUGGCUCGCUGUCGGGAAACCGGAGCCCAUCUGUGCGGCCUGGCAUUCUCCGCCCGCAUAACCGUUCUAUCUCCCAGCAGUCCCAACCCGACAGUCCGCGGUCAGGCUCCGUCGGCCCUCCCUCAUCCCGUUCUUUGCGUUUUGACUCUCCGACCACCGCGACUCCCGCACGAUCGAGCGAUGACCGCCGACAGUCUAGUCAUAGUCCAGCCAGGAGUCUCAAGAUGGCACGCAGCGUCAGUUCGAUGCGGAGUAUCGGUGCAGUGGAAGCCACCCGGUCACCCUUGAGGACCGCUAUCGACAUUGCUGAGCCUUCGUAUGACGUGGGGGCCACUGACGAACCUCACAAUGUCUUUGAUGAGGACGAGGAAGAGUACGGGGAGCCCAUCGUCACGGAAGACCAUAUUACAGAACUCGACUCGCGUCUCAACGCACUCCAGGUCAUCGAGGGCCCGAAGCGAAACUCGCUGCUCUCGCAAGGAUCGUUGUCGCCUCUACCAUCGCCUUCCAGGCUGACCGCAGCCAACGGCUUCGAUUGCCCGUUCAGCAUCAACGAGCCGCCGCCGGACGACGUCGAUUCUCCUACGCGCCAGACCUUCCUCGGCGUGAACGGUAACGAGAAUCGGAUGCGUGGCGAUUCCAUGAGUAGCAUGAGCACGAAUGGGACUAGUGGGUACCUCCCUACGCCAGGGGUGCAGCAGUCGCAGUUGCCGUCCCCGUGGAUCACCUCGAGCACAUCGACGCCGCCAGAGUAUCCCUCGAUGGACCAUGGAGGCCGGAGAAGGAUCCAGCGCACGCCGUCUUCCACAUACUCCAACGAUACGGAGCCGGUUCACAAACCCAAGGGACCCCCUAGUGCCCUCGACAUUGACAUCGGGUCCAUCUCGUCGUACGCACAGGCAGAGGCCUUGGUGCAGCGUGCGCAGCAGAGCAUCUUGGAGUUGCAGGACAUACAGGUAGCAUAUGCGCCGCCGAGCGCGGGUAUCAGUGCUGGUCACACACCGUUGAGCGCGAAACUGGCGGCGUACGGGGAGAGUCUUGCUAUUGAGCGGAAGUUUAGACAGGAGGAGGAGAAGCGGAGCAGCUCUUCGACAGUGCGAAGCCGCCGUCCCUCGGAGUUGAGUACGCGUUCACGGCAAGACACGAUUGAGAGCAGCCCUGGGGCGAAGUCGUUGGACAGGAAGUUCAGUCUGGAGGAGAGGCCGCAUAACCGCACCAUCAGGCAGUCGAAAGUGCGAAGGCCGCACACUGCUGGCAGCACCGCAUCAUCAGACAUACUUGCGACGCCACCCAGGCCUGGGAGAUCAAUACCGUCCCCGCGCCACUUUCCCGCGUCCGGGUCGCAACACGCUACACGGUCGAGUUCAGAUCAACGCGUCGGUGAUAUUGCGACUUCGUACCCUCCGCCGAUGUCCUCGUUCCUCACGACGGAGACAGACAUGUAUGCCGCCGGGUCGAGACCUAGGGUGCCUCGCUCGCGCACACCUGAUCCUAGUCUUGAUGACCCCCUGGACCGCGGAGCCACGACUGGCGUCCCGCUUUCUCGCAUAUCGACGGCCCCCGUUCAGGACGCCUACCUCAAGCCCAAGCGCGGGCUCACCGACCAGGAGCGGCAGGUCGCGCGGGCGACGAAGCUUGUGAAGAUGGGCUUUUCCACUGCCGACUCAUUCACAGCGACUAGCGUCAACCGUAACCAGACCGCGAACAGACACCGUUUCGGAGGCUUCAAAGGUUUCGUGCAGAGCCUCACCGGAAAGUGAACUCUUUUGGGUUUCACUUCUACGUUCCGCUCAUGGGGCGCACCUGUUCAUCGUCUAUCCAUGCGCCUGUUUCACCUUCCACUCUGCCCAUAUGUUAUCGCUCAUUAUCGCUGCAUCCCUCUCGCUCUCUGACCUGCUGUUGUUCCCUAUCACUAUUUGCGGAUGUACGAGAAGUCGUGUAGCCAUUGUAUAAGUACCCCCCUCAUUUGUUCCGGAUUCGUUCUCGAGUUAUAGCGCUAAGUUACAUCGUCCGCACACCCAUGUAUACGUUUACUCGCGCAUUUGUACCAGUUAUUUUGUCCACACA